UGACGUUGCAGAGUCAGCAUCGUCCAUACUAGCAGUGAAAUUCAAGUACCCGGAAUUCACGAAGGUCUUGAGCUGGUGCCAUGUGAACUUGGCUGGAUAGUGCGCGAGCAGCUCUUCCCUUGUUGGAGGACCUGCUCGCAGGGAAACAUUGUCUGGUGUAUUCAGCUCUAUGGUCAUCGUCGUUGAUGAAUAACUCUGAAGGCAAGUGCCGCAAGUCCAAAUGUUACCCUGAUUAGGUCAUGUGAAGUUUGAACAUUUCUUUGACAAGCUUGACAAUGUUGACAUGCUUGACACUGUUGAGUUAACGUUGACAGCUGAUACCGUGGAUUUCGUAGUCAUGUCGCCAACAGCGGCUGCGGAAUUGGCUUAUAGAUAAACUUGAGUCUGAUGUCGAAUUCAUCGCCACAAUAAUGAAGGUUUCUCAGAUCGCUAUACCUGACAUCGCUAUACCCAGCACUAUCCUUCAGACAAUCGUACGUUCGGUUGGCGCAUUCAAUGUCGCUUGUUCAUUUGCAGCACUGUGGACUUUUGUCAAAGUAAUAAGGGCACUUCGCUGGCGGUUCAGGACCACUCAGCUCCGUGGUCCACCUCGUACCAGCUUCGUAUAUGGCGUUUCGAACGACCUCGUCUCAUCUAAAGACAGUGCUACAAUCUAUGAACAUUGGGCCCAGGACUAUGGGGUAGUCUAUAUGAUUCCGUCAGUCCUCGGACAGACAAAAAUCGUGCUAAGUGACCCAAGAGCCAUCGCACAUUUUUAUGCCCGAGAAUCAUGGACCUACGUGCAGACGCCCCUUUCUCUGGCGUUGGUAGAGAACUUGGUCGGCAGAGGAGUACUAUGGUCUCAGGGUGAAAGUCACAGGAGGCAGCGGAAGGCCCUUACUCCGGCCUUUAGUAAUGCCGCUAUUCGGAAACUCACAUCAGUGUUUUACGAUUCAGCAUAUAAGGUCAAGAGUGCAUGGGAUACCGAUCUACAAUCGAGCAAAGAUGGGAAUGCUGUCAUUGAAGUUCAACAUUGGAUGAAUCAUAUCUCUUUGGAUACGAUUGGCAUCGCUGGUUUCUCCCAUGAUUUUGGCUCACUAGACGGAAAGCAUGCCAGCGUCACGGAAAUGUUUGAUACUUUCAGCAACAACCCAAAGGCGUCAGCAGUGAACGAGGCCAUUCUCCUGCUCGCAUCGGUCUUUCCUGUCAUUACCAAGAUACCCGAUCAGCGGAUGAAGCUGAGGAAUAAUCUCAACGUCGCUAUGGGUAACAUAUCCAAUGACUUAUUGCUUCGCAGUCGCCGGGAGAAGCAUGUAAGUGUGAACCAGACAGAAGAAGAAAAAUCUAUCAUCGGACUGUUAAUCAAAGCUGAAGAUCAGGAUGCCGAGCUUCACAUAUCCGAGGAGGAAGUAUUGGCUCAGAUGAAGGUCUUACUUGUCGCGGGUUACGAAACGACAUCGAUCAGUCUUACAUGGGCGCUGAUCGAGUUAUCGCGACACCCCGAUGUCCAAACCAGACUCAGAGAGGAACUACUUACAUUCGGUGCUGAUCCGACAUAUGAUCAAUUAAAGGUCGACCUGCCAUACCUGGAUGCUGUCGUCCAUGAAAUUCUACGACUCCACCCUCCGGUGACUGAGUUCAAUCGUGUUGCACGUGUAGACGACGUGAUUCCCUUGAGCGAACCUGUACGCACGCAGUCCGGGAAAAUGACGAACAGUAUAUCCAUUGCGAAGGGGUCCUUGAUCGUGAUCCCAAUCAGGGCAAUCAAUCGCUCUUCGACCAUAUGGGGACCUGACGCAAAAGAAUUCAAGCCUGACCGUUGGCUGACUGAAGAUGGUAUUAGUGGGAAGGCCAAGGAAGUCCAAGGUCAUAGGCAUCUACUGACGUUUGUUGAUGGCCCGAGGACGUGUCUUGGAAAAGAUUUUGCGAUUGCGGAAUUCAAGGUGAUUGGUGCGAAUCGACUAGUUUGGACGUUGCUCACUGUGAUACAGACGGUUGUAUCGGUUCUGGUGAAGAACUUCGUGUUUGAGAUGCGGGAUGGACCAGAUACCCAGGUAGAAAUUGCGAGAGGACUUUUGCCCCGUCCGCGGGUUGUUGGAGAGGACAUCAUCGGAGUACCUUUGAGAGUCCGUCGGUAUGAAUGAUAGGAUGCACUGCACUGGCAGAUUUAUAUAGAAUAGGCAUGUAAUAAUAUGUACUUUGUAUCAUGCUCGGGCAAUCAGAGGUGCUCUGAUUCUAUUAUCAUACACUGGUAGUUGUGGAAGAAGCAGGGCGCUGUACAGGCGGGAUUCAACCA